UCUAACGACAGGGUUUUCAGUCUUGACGUGCUUCUGAUGCAUGGGUUGAUAAUACAAUGAGAAACAGAUAUUCAACAUCCAUUAUUAUUAUUAUUAUUAUGUUGGUGUAGAUUUUAUGUUCGUUGAUUGUUUCGUUUGGUUCACAUCUUUUUUGUUUUAAAAGAAAAUAAGAACAUUGUUAGUGGGGAUUAAAAAGCUUUCAGAUGUAUUGCAUAUAACCCAUCUGAUGCACUCUGUAAUAGCCACCAAGGGUGUUGUUGGCUAGACCUAACUCGGACUUGGUUCAUUUGCCUUUUCAUUUUCUCACGCUGAAAGGAAUUACUGAAGCCAGCCGCCUUCCGUUCCCUGUGGGUUUCCCGCCAUUUUCCAUCGAUCCGAGAGGGUGAGCGAAAAAAGAUAGACCUCGCCGCUCUCUCUCUGCCCCUCUCUCUCCCGUUUGAUGGGCUGCCAACAUACUGGAGAAGGAGGGAAACGUUAGGGCAUCGUCUCAGUGCGCAGGGCACGACGGGUUGCUCUCUCUCUCUCUCUCUCCCCUCCCUGUUCCAUUUGAACCAGAAGAAGAGGAAAGAAGGUGAGGAAGAGGUAGGCGACGGCGACGCCAGUGGAAUCCGGUUGGAGAUUAGGGUGAUAGGCUUGGCUAUUACCCUUCUUUCCUGGGGCGAAAGAAGAGUGUGGUUACCAUUGGCUCCAAGCCCGACCAUUCUGGUCACCGGAGUGAAAGGGUUACAAGGAGGAAUACAACGUCGCAGUGGUUUCUUCUCGUUUAUUCAUUUCGAUGGUGAUGCAAGUAACAAACGGGAACAGUGGGGAGACGACGCCUUGGGACCAGAUCUUGCUGGACCCUGGUAAAUGCUGAAAUCAGUCGUGAAUUGAAGCCAAGCCACUUAGUUACAACGGGAAUUAUUUCUAGAUAAAAAAAACCUCAUGAAUUUUUAUCUGUGACCAUCAAACGAGACCUUUGUGAGAAGAAGAAGAAGAAGAAGAAGAAGAAGAAGAAGGUCAAGGCUACCUAGAAAGGUAAAGGAAGGGGGCCAAUGAACAAAAUGGGUGCGGUGACCCUGAAAACAAUCCAGCGGAAGUGCAAGUUGAAGGGAUUAAUCCUAACCCUUGAUGCCAUGAACGAGGUCCUCACCUUCGUCAAUCGCCAUGACGAUGAAGAUGAAGCCCUCGACUUCCUCCUCGAUGAGGUCGUCAAGGAGUCACUUAAAUCAUCGGUUCUAAACAAGGAGACGGUUCAUAGGGUCAUUAAUUUGCUGUUAGAGGCGGAGGUUGCCGUUGAUUCAGUCGUGAGCUCCCGGAAUCCUUUGGCCUUACGCAUAAUCGAUGCUUUCAACAUUCCCAAAUUCUGCUACGACCCGAUAAAGAAAUUGUUUUACCAGCAUAAAGGAGAUCUUUCGAUCCAUGGGGAUCCGUCUGCAAAAGCUUCCCUAUAUAGGGACAGGUUUCAAUUGUUGUAUCAGAGGCUCUGUCGCGAUCGCCACUUCUCUAAACGUGCAUUUCAAACUGACCUAUGCGACUCUGAAGGACCGAGUUCUGAGAUAACUCCAAUCCAGUCGCUCAUAGGAUGCACCGGUAGACGCUGGAUCAUGGGUGUAAUUUCUCAAUUGGAGGACGGUCAUUUCUUCUUGGAAGAUUUGACUGCAGCUGUGGAAGUCGACUUGUCCAGUGCAAAGAUUACGUCUGGAUUCUUUGUGGAGAACACCAUAAUUGUGGCAGAAGGCGAGCUGCUUCCGAGUGGUAUAUUUCAGGUGCGUGCAUGUGGGUUUCCACCUUUGGAAGACAGAAAUACCUCUCUUUCAUUACUUGCAGCGCUUGAUUUUUUUGGUGCUGGUAGCAUUUCACAAGAAGAAAAUAUUAAACUUGCUGAGCUGGAGAAAAAUGCAUUCAAUGACAUGUUCGUCAUUUUGUCUGAUGUCUGGCUUGAUUCCCAGGAGACUUUGGAAAAGUUAGCUGCAGUAUUUGAUGGUUAUGAAAAUGUGGAGGUGGUGCCAUCUUUGUUUGUUUUAAUGGGGAAUUUCUGCUCUCGUCCAUGUAACCUUGCGUUCCAUUCAUUUUCGAGUUUGAGAUUGCAGUUUGGGAAGCUUGGAGAAAUGAUUAAGGCUCAUCCACGAUUAAUGGAAGGGAGUCGAUUUCUAUUUAUUCCGGGUCCCAGUGAUGCAGGUCCUUCAACUGCCCUUCCUAGGUGUGCCUUACCCAAAUAUCUAACUGAAGAGCUCCUAAAGCAUGUACCGGAUGCAGUCUUCUUGAGUAACCCUUGCAGGAUAAAGUUUUACACGCAGGAAAUUGUGUUUUUUCGGCAUGAUCUACUGUACAGAAUGCGUCGAUCUUGCCUUAUUCCUCCUACAAAGGAUGAGACAGAUGAUCCUUUUGAGCAUCUUGUUGCUACCAUUUCUCAUCAAAGUCAUCUCUGCCCUUUGCCACUGACUGUUCAACCAAUAAUUUGGAACUAUGACCACUGUCUCCGCUUGUACCCUACACCGCAUACGAUAGUAUUAGGUGAUCGGAGUGACCAGAAGAUGUUCAAGUAUAUGGGCACUACUUGCUUCAAUCCAGGAUCGUUUUCUAAUGACAGUACAUUUGUUGCCUAUCGGCCUUGCACUCAGGAAGUUGAGCUUUCGUCCUUAUAGUGUCACUCAGUUUCUAUGAUCAUGACGGCAAGAUAUGUAGGUGUUGGAUCCAGCCGACUUGAUACCCGAUGCCUGCAUUAUGGGCGUCUGAAGAGAACUCAAGAGGAGGUGGUGCCCACGCCUUGCGGGUGGUCGGUGGUGCAAUUGCUUCCACUAGUUCCAGUUCAUCUGUCAAAGGUUGUGUAUCAUUAUGCAUUUGAAAGAAAUUUUCUUGUGCUGUGAGUGUUUGUCUUAUUUAUAACGAUAAUCAAUAACACUAAAAUGUGGAACAGAGGUGGUUAAAAUCCAGUCUCCUUUAGAGCA